GGAAGGGGAGGAGCGAGGUGGGCUCUGCCUAGCGGCUCCUUGCUGCGGCGGCUGCUGCCGCUGCUGCUGCUGCUGCUGUUGCUGCUUCUGCUCCCGGUCUCGGCGAAGCAGCUUCUCCGCCUUCCCCACGCCAUGGCAGCCCCGCGCGGCUGGCCGCUGCUCCGCCGCCGCCGCUUCCUCCUCUUCCUCCCGGCCGCCGCCGCUUCUUCCUCCGCCUCUUCUUCUUCUUCUUCUUCCUCCUCCUCCUCUUCCUCCUCCCUGCUGCCGCUGCUCCUGCUGCUGGCCAGCGGACCGGGCCCCGUGGCGGCGGCGGUGCAAGCAGAGCCGGGCGGUGGCGGUGAUGGAGGAGCAGGAGGAGGAGGAGGAGGAGGGGGAGCAGGAGGAGGAGGAGGAGGAGGAGGAAGCAGAGGGACCGCCGGCGGCGGGAACAGCCGGGGAGGGAGCCGAACGGCCGGCAGCCCUUGCCGGGAGAAGACGGUGACGGUCUCCACCUUGCCGGUGCUGCGGGAAAGCGACCUCGCCUGGAGGAGCAGCGGAGGAGGAGGAGGAGGAGGCGGUGGUGGUGGAGGAGGAGGAGGAGGAGGCGGCGGCCCCUCGGGUGGAUCGGGCGCUUUCCCGUCUUCAGCCUCCGCUGCCGCUUCUGCCGCUGGCGCUGCUGGUCCGGGCUCGCUGCCUCCCGGGGCCGGCGGCGAUUCCCGCUUGCUCCUCUUCGUCCGGAGCGAAGUGCCCGGACGCGUGGCGGUGCAAGACGACCUGGAUAACACGGAGCUGCCCUUCUUCACUUUGGAGAUGUCGGGAACGGUGUCGGAUCUUUCUUUGGUGCACUGGAAGCAGCAGUGGUUGGAGAACGGCACCCUCUACUUCCAUGUGUCCAUGAGCAACGCCGAACAACUUUCCCGGGCCACACCGCCAAGCCUUCAAGAACCGUCGGAAAUUGUGGACGAACAGAUGCACAUCCUACAUGUGUCUGUCAUGGGUGGACUGAUUGCUCUCCUUUUGCUGCUGCUGGUGUUCACCAUAGCCUUGUACGCCCAACGGCGUUGGUACAAACAACGUCGGGUCCCCCACAAGAGUGCCAGUUCUGAGGCCACCCACGAGAUCCACUACAUCCCCUCCGUGCUUAUCGGCUCCCAGGGCAGGGAGAGCUUCCGCAGUUCACGCCUUCAAGGCCACACCUCGGUCAUCGGCAUGCCCAUCCGCGAGACCCCCAUCUUGGAUGACUACGACUACGAAGAGGAAGAUAACCCUCUGCAUCCAGAGCUCGGCUACAGAGAUGGGGAGUUUGGGAGUCAAACCGGGGUGCCUCUGGACAGCACGGGCAGGAGCGGAGAGAAACUCGUCUACGAAAAGAAAGCUGCAGAGGUGUCUCAGGAAACAGUGGAGACCCUGAUGCAGAAAUUCAAGGAGAGCUUUCGGACGAACACACCCAUUGAGAUUGGCCAGUUGCAGCCUGUUGUGCGCAGCUCAUCUGUUGGGAGACGGAAACGCAGGAACCGACACCGAGGUGGUGUUGGAUUCGGUCACACCAAGGGCAACUCCGGUUCAGAAGCGGAUGACGAGACCCAGUUGACCUGCUACACCGAGCAGUACCGAAGCCGGCGACGCAGCAAAGGUUCCCUCAAAAGUCCAGUGAACAAGACGGCCCUCACCUUAGUUGCUGUCAGCUCUUGCAUCCUGGCUAUGGUCUGUGGCACCCAGAUCUCCUGUCCACUCACUGUCAAAGUGACCCUUCAUGUCCCUGAGCACUUCAUUGCUGAUGGAAGCAGUUUUGUGGUGAGUGAGGGCAGCUACUUGGACAUCUCCGACUGGCUGAAUCCUGCAAAGCUCUCCCUGUAUUAUCAAAUCAAUGCCACCUCGCCAUGGAUCCGUGAUCUUUGUGGGCAGAGAACGACGGACGCGUGCGAGCAUCUCUGCGAUGAAGAAACUGGUGAGUGCAGCUGCCACGAAGGAUAUGCCCCCGAUCCUGUUCAUCGACACCUUUGCAUCCGUAAUACCUGGGAACACAGCGAAGGCCCUUGGCCGUACACAACUCUGGAAAGAGGUUACGAUUUGGUGACCGGAGAACAAGCCCCGGAGAAAAUUCUUAGGUCUACCUACAGCCUGGGCCAAGGCCUUUGGCUUCCCGUGAGUAAAAGUUUUGUGGUACCCCCGGUGGAGCUUUCCAUCAAUCCAUUGGCUAGCUGCAAGACGGAUGUCCUUGUGACUGAAGAUCCAGCAGACGUCAGGGAAGAAGCAAUGUUGUCGACCUACUUUGAGACCAUCAAUGACCUGCUCUCAUCCUUUGGACCGGUUCGGGAUUGUUCUCACAAUAACGGAGGCUGCACCCGCAACUUCAAAUGUGUAUCGGACCGUCAAGUGGACUCGACCGGUUGUGUGUGCCCCGAGGACCUGAGACCCAUGAAAGAUGGGACCGGCUGCUUUGACUACUCAAAGGGGAUUGAUUGCUCAGAUGGCUUCAAUGGUGGUUGCGAGCAGCUGUGCCUUCAGCAGACCCUCCCUCUCCUGUGGGACCCAACCUCCAGCACCAUCCACAUGUUCUGUGGCUGCGUCGAGGAGUACAAGUUGGCUCCAGAUGGCAAGUCCUGCCUCCUGUUAUCGGACAUCUGUGAGGGCCCCAAGUGUCUCAAGCCGGAUGUGAACUUCAACGACACUCUCUUUGGGGAGAUGCUUCAUGGCUACAACAACAGGACCCAACAUGUCAACCAAGGCCAGGUCUUCCAGAUGACCUUCAGGGAGAACAAUUUCAUCAAGGACUUUCCCCAACUGGCUGAUGCGUUGAUGGUCAUUCCUCUACCGGUUGAGGAACAGUGUCGUGGUGUGCUAUCAGAACCGCUUCCCAACCUCCAGCUGUUAACUGGGGACAUUCGAUACGAUGAAGCCAUGGGAUACCCUAUGGUUCAACACUGGAGGGUCCGAAGUAACCUGUACAGAGUGAAGCUCAGCACGAUCGCCCUCUCAUCAGGAUUUGCAAAUGUCCUCAAGAUUCUGAACAAGGACAGCAGCCGGGAGGAGUUGCUGUAUUUCAUUCAGCAGUACGGCUCCCAUUACAUAGCAGAGGGCUUAUACGGCUCUGAAUUCAGCUGCACCAUUCACUUCCCAAGCAAGAAGAUACAACAGCAGCUCUGGUUGCAGUAUCAGAAAGAAACUACAGAACUUGGCAACAAGAAAGAGCUCAAGUCCAUGCCUUUUAUCACCUAUCUCUCUGGCCUGCUGACAGCCCAGAUGUUGUCUGACGAUCAGCUGGUUUCUGGCGUGGAGAUCCACUGCGAAGAAAAGGGCCGCUGCCCUUCGACUUGCCAUCUCUGCCGCCGGGCAGGCAAGGAACAGCUGAGCCCCACCCCGGUCCUUCUGGAGAUCAACCAUAUCGUCCCGUUAUAUAUGCUCAUCCAGGACAAUGAGACCCGGGAGGCCUUCAAGGGAGCCCUCAUGAGCUUUUACUGGUGCUCAGGGAAAGGGGAUGUGAUUGAGGACUGGUGCAGAUGUGACCUUAAUGCCUUUGAUGAGAAUGGCCUCCCCAGCUGCAGCCCACUUCCCCAGCCUGUUUUGCGCCUUUCUCCCAACGUGGAGCCUUCAAGCACCGUGGUCUCCUUGCAGUGGUACGACGUCCAGCCAGCCAUUGGAACCAAAGUAUCGGAUUACGUCUUGCAUCACAAAAAAGUGGACGAAUACACCGACACCGACCUGUAUACAGGAGAAUCCUUGAGCUUUGCUGACGAUUUAUUGUCCGGCCUUGGAACUGCCUGCGUUGCUGCCGGGAGGACUCACGGGGAUGGCCAAGAUGCCAGCCUUUAUUCCAUCAUUUUCAAAUGUUUGGAGCCGGAUGGAUUGUACAAAUUUACUCUCUAUGCCGUAGAUACUCGUGGGAGACACUCAGAACUGAGCACCAUCACGCUGAGAACGGCUUGUCCGCUCGUGGACGACACCAAAGCAGAAGAGAUAGCAGAUAAGAUCUACAACUUGUACAAUGGCUACACCAGUGGGAAGGAGCAACAAACAGCCUACAACACCCUCAUGGAAGUCUCCGCUUCCAUGCUCUCCCGAGUCCAGCAUCACUACAACUCCCACUACGAGAAAUUUGGGGACUUUGUCUGGCGUAGCGAGGAUGAGCUCGGCCCCAGAAAAGCCCAUCUCAUCUUACGGCGGCUGGAGAAAGUCAGUCACCACUGUUCAAGUUUGCUACGCAGCGCCUACAUCCAGAGCCGGACUGACACCAUGCCUUACUUAUUCUGCCGCAGCGAGGAGGACCGAUCCCCUGGCAUGGUUUGGUACAACGUCUUGAAGGACACCAAGAUCACCUGCGAAGAGAAGAUGAUCUCCCUGUUGCGCAACAUGUACGGCGACUCCAAGGGACGAUGAAGACAAAAAAAACCCAGGCCGGCCAACCGAGGCACGAUGGGGCAGAGCCACUCACUCUUCCCCGCCCCCCCCAGCUCAAGCGAGUCAAGGACAUGUGGCAAACCUACCAUUUGAUGGACGGGAGAUCAGCUGGACAAUCCACAGCCAUCCAAGGGGCAGCAAGAUCCCACCCUCCUCCCCUUUGCUUAGGUUCCCUCUCUUUUUAUCAAUAAUAAUAAUAAUAAUAAUAACAAUUAUUAUUUAAGAAGGAAGUCCAUCGUUUCGCUCCAUCCAAUGGGGAGGGGAAAAAUAAAAUAAAAGGCGACCUCUUUUUUCGACGUGUUUCUCCCAGUUAAAAAUCUCCAAAAAUUGAGAGCCGGAGAUGGAGAGACAACUCAGCUGGUGGGAUGGGGGGGCGGGGGGGCGGGGGGGAUGGGGGACCCACAAGUGCUGGACUUGGGAGGGCAACAGCGGCUGACUCACCCUUGGAGGCUUGGAGUAACGUGAGAAUUUUAGACCGGAAGUCAGAAGGACCUACGUUUUGGAAAGGGCUCGCAUCCUUGUAGCAGCCACUGAGCAGUUCGCAGCAAAAUGGAGAAAGAACUUUGCAAGAGAACAGUGGCACGUAUCAUACGUACAUCAGGUGUCAAAAAUAAAUAAAGAAAUAAAGAAAGGCUCCUUGGGUGAUUGUCACUAUAGGUAUCCUGACAGGUUGUUCUGUGCAUUAAAACAUUCAUAUUUACUUCCAA